AUGGGAACGGAGCAGUCAGAAACAUCGUUGAAUAAAUUUUCGGGGUUAUUUCAGUCGAGUGAAGAUGCGCACGAUAAUUUUUUAUGUUCAAAAAAUGCAGUCUCAUUCGAGGAUAAUCCACCUCAAAACAGUGAUACCGAAGUACAACCAUUGUAUCCUGUAGGAGAUUUGCGCAAACUUUAUUUACAUUUUUUGCUACAAUUAAGAGGUGAAGCUAUGUUAAGUGCUAGAACAACUCAAUUAGUUAGCAGUUCGUUAGAAAACGUUGUUGAGAGCAUUGUUGGCUCACGAAGGAAGUUCCCCAGGUGUUUAAAGCCUUGGGUCCCAUCUUUUGGGGAUAGAACUGCUGCAGGUGAUCACCACAUUCGACGUCUUGAGAAGAUACGAGGGAAUAUUGUCACUCAGGCGCCCUGUGGGCUUCUUCAAGCAGAGGUAAAGCGGUGAGAGGAGAUGACCGUCGAGUGUGAUUGUUGGUUGCGCUGUAUACCUGUGGGUGGUAGCAUUCACAGAGCGAACGGAUUCAAUCGUUACUUUCUCCCUCUAUGGCUUAAUGUUCGAGUAGAGUGGAAUUCGAGCUGAAUUUCACUUUGGUCUGUGUUGAGAACUUCGUGUUCUUCGUACUGAGGUAAGCGUCUACGAACAUCGGCUACAAACUGAUCGGCCGAAGUUCUAAUCGUCUCUUCAUCUUCUACGUGGCGCUUCGUCACAAUCUAGCAAAAACAAAUAAAUUCAGUAGAUUUGAUUUCAAAGAAGCCUAGGGCAAACGACGACUGUGCAAAACUGAAACUUGGAAAGCCUCUUUUUUCAUGUUUAUCUCGUUUUAGAGGAGAGAGCUUCCUUCCCAAAAUUUCUUAGAAAUAGUUACAAACCCUAGUGAAGCUUUUUUUCUCAAGCAUAUGAGUAAGCACAUACCUCAAGAUUUGUCUCCAUGCACAUGAAUUUCUUACUCAUGCAAAACGCUUGAGGUAUGUGCUUGACUUUCUUGUCUCAUGCGCUUGAGUUGCAUGAAGUAUGCGCAUGAGGGGAGAAAUAUCUAAAACAAUGUGCAUA